GGCGACGGCGGAGGAGGCGGCUCCCUUCGCCUCGCGACUGCGCCGGCUGCUCGACGACGGCGCAUACCUCCGCCGCAUGUCUUCGGUGGGGCGCGCGGCGGCGCUUGCUUUUGCAGCCGGCUGCGAGGGAGGGCUGGCGCGCCUUCUAGCGGAGCGCGUCCGCGGCGCCGGCCGUGCCCGCGAGGGGGGGGGCGGCGAGGCAACGGCGGGCGCCGCCGCGGCCAACGGCGUCUCGUUGGUCGAGGUGUCGCUGCAAGACCUCAAGCCGCAGCUGCGGUCGCACGACGAGGCGGACGAGGCGGCGGUGCGGUGCGGCGCGCGGCGUCUCGUCUCCCCUGCGAGGUACCGCGUGACCUUCAAGCCGAUGGUCUACUUGCGCGCGGCGCCCGCCACGAGCGCGGCCAUCCUCUCGAUUGGUCCUACGGGCACCCUCAUCGAGGCCGACGCCACCCUCGCCACACACGAGGGGCUGUGGGCGCGCCCGCGCCAUCCUGUGCGCUCGCGCCGGCCGGUCGCCGUCGAUCCCGACCGGCGCGGCUGGGCGCUCGUGCACGGCGGUGCGGUCGGGUUGGGCGAGCUGCUUGCGCUGGAGGAGCCGGGCGUGUACGAGGGCGACGCGCGGAUGUGACCGCCUCUAAAGCCGGAAAGGGAGACGCAUGCACAUGCACAUGCAUAUGUGCAUGCACAUGUUGUUGGUGAACACAGGUGCAUGUUGCACACAUGCAUGUUGCAUGUGCACAUGUGUGACUCACCAAGUGUGUUGAUGCCGUGUACCGUGUGGACCGGGGGGGUAUCAGCAGCACCAGCAGCCAGCAACAACAACAGUGCAAGUGCUAGGGCUAGACGGAGAGACAAGAGGAACGAACCUACCUGCUUGCAGAAGUAAGAUUGAUCGUAUGCCUAUCUUUGGUUUUCGUC